AUGAUUGCUACAGAAGUGAAAGCGCCUGCAAAGAACGCAUCAAGACGAUUAAGAGGAAUUGAGCGAAGUCACGCUCGUACUCGUAUUCUACAACCAAAACUUCACAUGUGCUCAGUCGCGUUUAAAGAGAUUAAGAAAGACCGUGACUCUAUUUCAGUAAGCGAUUCCAGUGCCGCGGGAAAAAGAAAAGAUCUAAGCGGUCCAGCGAUUGUUGAGUUGAUAAAGAAUUCCGAAAAAUUACGUGAUGCACAGGUGGUUUCCACUGUGACUAUUCCUGAUGAUCGAUCUUUGAUAGCGGCCACACUUCGCGAACGCACCAAUGAUAGUGAUAUAAUAAUUACCACUGGUGGGACUGGAUUUGCAGCGAGAGAUGUAACGCCGGAGGCAACAAUCGAUGUCCUGGAACGUCGGUGUACGGGUCUGGAAAUGGCGCUGCAUAGCCGUUCGCUGGCUGCUACUCCAAUGGCGGCUCUAAGCAGAGCAGUGGCGGGAAUUUCUGGUCACACUCUCAUUGUUAAUUUUCCUGGAAGUGUGAAAGCUGUCAGGGAAUGCUGGGAAGUACUAGAACCAGUGCUGAAUCACGCUGUCGAUCUUCUUCACGACCGCGAUGAUGGCUCGGUUCAUCAAGCUUUGGCGAAUCAAACUCAAUCCGAGGGUGACAAGUAA